AUGCCAACCCAGCAGAGUGGCCUCACACGGCACGAGUUUGGCCAAUUCAUCUGCAUUCAUUGCAUGGUUUUCCGCCGCAUCCUACCUUCAAACAGCGAGGUCUUUGCACACCAACGCUGCUCCCAGAGCUGGCUAUCCCACAAAUUUAGUCCAAAACUGAUGUAUUCUGAAGCAAAGAAGAGAUACACAUACCUGCUCGAUCGCUACACAGUCGAGCUGUGUCUCCCAUGGAGUCUCCAGUCAUGCCACCGUGGCACAUGCCUCCAGGAGAGCCCCGCUCCUCUGGACUUCAUUCUCCAAGGAGGCGGGACCGACGCACAGGAGCAUCUCCGUCGCUUGUGUGGACUAGGAUGUAAAGCAGAAGCAUUCGCAUGUGAUACUGGAGAUAUUUCCUCUGUCGAGUCCGUACAGCAGCUCUGUAAAGAACAGGGAUGGAAGAUCCGUGGUGUUGUCCAAUGCACCAUGGUACUGCGUGACAGCACGUUUGAAAACACGACACACCAGAAAUGGACCGAAUCGAUCCAGCCCAAGAUCUACGGAAGCUGGAAUCUGCACCUGGUGUGUGGAAGUCAGCCACUGGACUUCUUCAUCAUGCUCUCGUCCGUGUCGGGUGGUAUUGGCAACCCGGCCCAGGGUAACUACACCGCAGGCGACUCCUACCAGGAUGGACGCGCUAUAUCGACGACAGCGCGGGCUGCCGGGUACGGCGCUUGCCGUCGGCGCAGUGAUGGACGUAACUUCCUCGACAAAUUCGAGCAUUUGGUUGCGUUCACCGUCAAGAUCGAAGAAGUGAUGAUUAUCUUCUUACAGACGUUGAUGAAGGGGAAGACGGAAGACGGCGUCACAGUGCCGCCUCUUUUGGCAAUGGGUUUCACGGAGCAACUCAAGCGUGACGGCAACAUCACCAGUCUCUGGCCCAAGGACCGCAAGUUCGACCACCGCGUCGAGUUUCCCGAGAACGGUGAUGGUGAAUCCAGCGGUGAUAAGGUCCGCACCGCUAAUCUGUUGGCGCAGGUAGCGGAUCUUGACGAGGCAGGCAAGGUGGUCGAGGAGGCACUGAAGACCAAUUUAGCGAAUGAGAUGACCGCUUCUCCAGAGGAUGUAGACGCGGAUAAGCCACUGCACUCGUAUGGUGUGGAUAGUUUGAAGGCAGUCGAGGUGCGCAAUUGGCUGUUCCGUGAGCUCAAGUGUGAUAUCUCGGUGUUUGACAUCCUGAGUCCGAUACCACUAGCCAAGUUGAGUGUGAACAUCGCUGAGAAAAGCAAGUGUCUGCCGGAUAGCCUGAAGCGGAUAGACCCUUUGGAGUAG